UCGAGCUUUGAAUGUUCGGCAAGCUAGCGACACGCACUUGUUUACACAGCCAUAUCAUUCACAUUGCAUGGUAACUCAAAUUACCUAAUUUGCGUGUCUAUUGUCAAUCAUUCUCUGUCAUUUAGCCCCAUUAUGUGUUAAUGAGGAUUUAGAUAAGCCACUGGGGAUUUGUAACAAUGACUGCUGCAACUGAUGUCCGUGGCAGCUGGUUUUCAUCUGGAUAUUAUGGCCAUUAUCGUAGUAAAUCACGCAAUGACUUUGUGUGUGAAUACAGACAAAUAGCAAAACCAGUACCUCCAAAAAGAUUUCUUAAUCGCGCUAGGCAACCAACAGCCAAACAUGUGUUUUCUCAUCAUGAUAACAGGGAAUCAUUUUUAGACAGUGCAUUAUAUUUUGAACAGCAAUAUAAUGCAGCUGUAUAUGGUUUCACAGGUCUUGGUAGAAAGAGAGUUCCUAAUGAGACGUAUAACUUCAAACAAGAUUUCAUCACAUGGAUGCCAGAGAGAGAGUUUACAGAGAGAUCUCGACCUUUAUGUUCAACAUACAGAGUUGACUUUAAAGUUUCCGGUGGUAAAUCAAAUCAGAUUCCUGUCCCCAUACCUAUACCCGUACCACAGAUAAUAAUAAAACGGCCAAAAACUUCAUUUGAUGGUGUUCCGACAUCCACAUAUCGUUAUGCCCAUAGUGAAGGAGGCCCUAAUAAACCAACUAUUGAUGCCAGCAACAACGAAUCUGUAAAACUUAGUCUUUUAAACAGGAAAAACCGAUGUAUGUCUGCAAAACCUAUAAGGUACAGGGAAACAGUUGCCUCAUGUUUAAACUGGGUAAGCAGUCCACGAGCCCCAGUAAAGUCAGCAACCCAGACUGAUGGUUUUAUGCCACAUCCACCAGCCCCCACAUCAGAGGGGGAACGACAGGUUUCAUUCCACCAAGAGCCUACACAAACUGCUCCUGUUAGAGAAACAACACAAGUGAUGGCUGAUCCACCAAAGCUGGCGUGGACAGCACCAGCACCAACGGUAGUAGCCACUUGUGAAUAAUUAAAACAUAUCAAAAUUAUUUGUCAUUGUUAUUUACAAUGAAAUUAUAGAUUUGACUUACUAAUUAACUGAAAUAUUGAUAUAGUGUCAAGAAAUGGUGAUGCCAUAGACAAUGCUGCUUGAGAGGGAAGUUGUUUUGAUGUCAACAGAAUUGAACAUUUAAUUUCCUGAGAAGACUGAAUGUUAUAAAUAUAAAUAUGUAAGCUCUUCAUAGAAUCACAAUCAUUGUUGUAGAUGUAUUCACCACGAAUCUAAUCCAUCAAUGGAUGCAUGUUGAGCAUUAUCUACUAGAUUUUAACACAUUAUGCAUUUUCAUACAUAUAUACAUGUAUAUAUAUAUGGAAAUUAUUUACAUAUGAAAUUUCAUUUUUGCUGACUUCAUAAUAUGAAAUUAAAUUAUAGCCAGUAGACUAGAUGUGGAAGUUACAUGGGGAUUGUUUUGGGGUUUUGAAGUGUACAUUUGUUCAUCUUAGUGGUAUUUUGUCUUCAGGAAAUUUAGUUGCAUUUUUAGAAAUCUCAUUGUCUUGUUGAAUAAGAUAUUCAACAGGAAACUUGUUUACUUGUUAUCAGCCUUUUUAAAGAGAAUUUACAAAUAUUAUAUUUUUUUCACUUGUUUACGUCCUCACCCUAUCACUAUUUUUCAAUAGCCUUUUUUAUGGAAUACACAGUUAUGUACUGUACAUCGAAAUGGCCAGUGUCUUUAAAUAUCUUCAUAUAUUACAUAUGGUUUCAUUACCUAAGAGAUGUUUAAAUAGGAGUAGAUAAAAUUCAAAUUAAAAUAAACAGUUGCAAAAAAAAUAAUGUAACACUUGUAUUAGUUUUGAUGUAGCUUUCCUUCUUUCAUGAUUGUUGAUGUAUUGAGAGUUUGAUAUAGAAAUUUAUAUAAUUCAUGUUAUAUAAAGAUAGUUAGAGUUUUAGUCUUCAAGGAUGUGAUCUAACAUUCCAGUAUUUGAUCAACACAGGGUAUCCAUGUAAAGCUCAAUUUUAAGCUUGGAAAUAUAAAAACAGUAUUCAAAUUUCCAUAUAACCAUAUAUAUAUAUAUAUACUGAAACAAAAGGUUACUUAUUUAGUUUCUUUUUUUGAUGCACUGAACUGUAUGAAUUAGUACAGAUGUUAUAUACUUGUACUUCCUUGCUCAUUAUUGUUAUUCUUUUAUUUCUUUUAUAUUUCACAGUAUUAACUGUACACAGUUAUUAUUUUAAGUUUUCUUUAUUAAAUUAUAUUGUUGUUUGUUAAGUUAGUUUUUAUAUAUAUUUUCCCCUGUUUAGACAUAAUGUCUGGUUCAAAGAUACUAACUAUGUUUUUGGUUUUUCUAAAGUGCUUUUAAACUGAGAAUCUAAAAAAAGUGCAGUGAAAGGGAAGUAACUGUUUUCUGUAAUAAAUCAAUAAACGACAGUGAGCCUUGUUAGUCUGUGAUUCUUUUUUUUAAUAGUUUUAUUUUUACAUUAACUGUGAUAUUUUUAUUAAGCCUUUAGUUUAUAUAUUUAUUUAUAGUUUGCAUUUUAAAUAUUAUGGCUUGCUGUUGUAACAAACAAUGGUCCUUCAAAUGUACUGGCAAAUGGUUUUUCUGCAAGCUUUUUCAUUAAUAAAGUUAAAUAACUUUAAAUUUUACUUAUACUAAAUUUCAUAUAUGUAAUGGCUUGUGAUCUUUUUUUAUGAAAUUUUCUGCUGUUAAAUUUUUGGACAAAUUAUAUUACUAAUUUGUCAGUUUUGAAUUAACUUAGUGUGGGUUAAGCUCUAAUAUAUUGGGUUAAGUGUGUUUCUUCAGUUAAUGGGAGUAUGAUUAUGCAUUUUUAUUGUAUAGUAAACAUUCUUAUGUAUGUAAUAUUAUUAGCUGUUGUUUUUUAAAAAGCAUCAAACAUCAAACAUUUUAUCUAUAAUUAUACCUUGGAAAAGCUAAAUGAUACGUUACAGUAAGUUGAUUUCAAAUAUUCUGGACACAAUUCUUGUAAAAAUAAACAUGAAAACUUUAAUGAACAAACUGUAAUAAAUUUAAAGAACUUAAUUUAAAAAAAAGAUUGACAAUCAACAGAUAUUUUGAAGGCUUAAGAAUAAGUGUGAUUUUUGGGGGGGAAACUAACUACAGAUAAUUUUAAGGUUUCAUUGUGAUUAUUUUGGGGUAAUUCAGGAAAAAUAUAUUUACAGAAUUUAAGAAAUAUUCAGAAUUAUCUGUACAUUUCUACUUUAGGUUAUUUAGGUGUAAGAUUCUUCUAACAAGACAUUUUCGGUUAGAAGAAAGAACUGCUCAGGGGAGGUAAUCUAAUUGUGUAACUUUUUCAUUUCAAAUUAUCAUUCCAAUUUAGAACAGUUUUUCUCCAAAAGAUGUUUAAUCUAUACUUUAAAUGCAGUCAUUAAUAUGUUGAUUUGUUUGUUGAAUAUAUUAUUGUUACAUGAAAAAAUAACCAAAAUCCAGUGAACAUUAUUAUCAUGUAUAUUCCGUCCUGAAGGUUAGUGAUAUUAUGCAUUUAUUUGUAGAAUUAAAAAGAUUAUAAAGAA